AUGUCUGGCGAAGCACCUGUACCUCCUCCCGUUUUAUGGGCCCAGCGCAAAGAAGACGUUUUUCUCACGUUUAGCAUCGAAUCUAAAAACCCUACGAUUAAAAUAGAAAAGGAUUCAGUUUACUUCAAAGGUGUGAAUGCUUCAGACAAUAAAGUACACGAGGUUACGAUAUCGUUAUAUGAUGCUGUGAUUCCUGAAACAAGCGCCUACGUAAAUAAAGGAAGAUGCAUAGAAAUGAUUCUUCGCAAAGAAAAGAAAGACGCUUCCUACUGGCCUUCAUUAACAAAGGAUAAGAAAAAACCUCAUUACCUCAAGGUAGACUUCAAUAAGUGGAAAGACGAAGAUGAUGAAGAUGACAAUGAGAAUGGUGGAGGCAACUCAUAUGAUAUAGAAGAAAUGCUACGCUCAAUGGGCGGCGGUGGAGGUGACAAGGCUGACAAACCCUCAUUUGAUGACUUAGAAACAGAUUCCGAUGAUGAAAAUCUACCAGAUCUUGAAUAA